AUGCAAAUUAUUCGCGUCCUUCUGUUCAGUCUCCUCAUAGCAGCGUCGUCGCCCACGAGCAGCAGCAAGAGCCCCCAUAGCAGCAACCCCCAGAAGGAGAAGCCAACCGGAAAAAACGAUAAUGGCAGCCAGGCGGCCACCCUUGCGGAGGAAAGCAAGCAUAGUAGUGACGACCAGCGAGGCGAAAAAAAAAACAAAAAAGAAGGAGGAAAAUUAAAAAGAGUGGCCCAUGGAGGAGGAGAAGAAGGGGAAGACUCGCUAGGUCAAUCGGUCGAGUUAGACGAUGGUAGAAAGGGGCCCCCCCAAGAAGGGACUGACAGAGGCGGCGGCGUAAGCAGGAGCAGCAGCAGGAGCAGUAGCAGCAACGGCAGCGAUGAACGUGGAAGCGAAAGCAAGCGGGAGAACGGCUCGAAUGGAGGAAGCGUCUUCGAAAGCUUGCUAAGUUUUUUAAACGGAGGUAACUUCGGUGACUACAAUAAGGUAAAGCAGACGCCCUUCCAUUCGGAAGAAGGAAACUCGAAGGAUGAAACAUCACAUGAGGAGAAACUGACUAGCCAAUUUUGGAACAUUCUAAAAAGUAGCGAAAUGAAUCACACAGUUGGAGGUAAAAUAUCAACAGGAAGGAUGGACAAAGCGAAGCAGUGUAGCUACAGCUAUGCACCAUUUGAUCAAAUGGCGAAGAAGAAAGCGAUACUGGAUAGGUCUUUGGAGGAGGACAAUGUUGGGGAGAGUGCCUCCGUGAAGGGAGAACAACAGCCAUUGGGGGAUGGUCAUCAGGGCGAGAACCCACAAGAAGGGGAAGAGGCGGAAAAGGUUGAUGAAACGGACCAUUUGGGAGAGCACCCUGGGGACCACUUUGGAGAUCACCUUGGGGACCACUUUGGAGAUCACUCAGGGGACCACUUUGGAGAUCACUCAGGGGACCACUUUGGAGAUCACUCAGGGGACCACUUUGGAGAUCACCCUGGAGACCUUUUGGGAGACCACCUUGGGGAGGAGGGCGAAGGUGAGGGCACGCGCGACUUCUUCAACUUUGAGAAGGAAUUCAUGAAAAGGGAAGAGGAGGAGGGAGGAGGUGGAAGCGGAGGUGGAACUGCGGAGCAGGUUGGGGAGAGGGAAACCAACGUGACAAGUCACAGCCGAGGUAAUGCGAAGGGAAAGGCAGGCGAUGGCACCCCGGGGAGGAGGAAAGGCAAGAAAAAGGGCUCAAGCCAUAAGGAGCAGAAAAAGAAGAAGAAGAACUCGGUAGCCCAGGCCGGUGUGGAGGCGACGGGUGGUGCUAAGGGCGAUGAUGGUGCUAGGGCCGGUGAGGGUGAUCAUGAAUACCCGCUGGGGAGCGCCCCCUCGGGCGAGACGGAGGAUACAGAGGAAGCGGGUGAGACGGAGAAAACGGACGAAACGGACGAAACGGACGAGACGGAUGCGCUGCUCAUAAACAAGCCGGAAGCAAUAAAAUAUUUCUUCGAGGUGCUGACGGAGGUAUGCGCGAUUAUCAAGCUGGGGGUGAUCCACCGGUUCACCCACGUUGUGAUUCCCCUAAAAAAUAUAAUCGUGUCGAAGACGCUGCGUCAAAUUGAAGUGAUCCUAAUGACUAUGUUAUCAGUGCACAGACUGGGCAGUCACAAGUACCGAGACACGUACGGACUUGGCAUCAUCGCGCUUCUGCUCUAUCUGUUGACCUACCUCAUCAGAAGGUACAUAUACAAGGGGGAAAAAAAAGGGAGAGAUCAACAUUCCGCGAUUAAGGCAGACGAUGUGUAUGUAGUGAACCUAUUGAGAAGACUCUUAUACUUGGUGGAGACAAAAAAAACAGUGGCCAACUCGGACGAAGGGGUUAUGCAUGACGUCCUUUACAACACAGAGACCUUACUAGCCACCACCAAUAUAACGAACAAGGAGAAUAAACAGAUCUACACAGAUAUCAUAGCCAGCAUUAAUAACCUUGGUAUAUUUACGUACGUUUCAACUCAGGCUUUAAAGAGCAUUAAUCAGAAAUCUGAUUUGCUCAUUAGUGGAUUCACUGGAGGAAGGGCUAUGAGAGCAGGAGAGGGGGAGGAGGAGGGCAUGCUGGAUAUGCAUAUGAACAUGGAUCUUGAUAUGGACAUGGAUAUGAAUCCCUUAGAUGUGGAUGCUUUGGAUGGCAGCGCGUUGGGUGGAAGUGCCUUAGGUGGAAGUGCCCUGGGUGGGAGUGCCCUGGGUGGAAGUGCACUAGGAGUUAGUUUAGGAGGCAUGGGGGCUGCCUUAGGAAAAAGGGGCUUUCCCAACGGUAUGGGGAUGGGCCUACCGAACAGUAUAGGAGCUGCCUUACGAAGUGGCAUGGAUGCUCCUGUCCCGCCCGGAGCAGGGGGGCACAUAGUAGACGAUCUGUACGAUGUGAAUAACAUGCAAAAUAAUUUUGGAGACGGCCCCUUGUAUGGAGAGAACAGCGUGAGGAAUAAGAUGCGGUACAGCAUGAUGCAGCAACACAGUGAUAAAUUCGAGGAGGGAGACCUCCUGGACUACAAGAAGGGCAGUGCCAACUACGACUUUGCUGCCGACGGUCAUGGUGCAAACAGUGGAGGUAACUUCCGAUACAAGGGAGUGGACGGUGGGGCGAACGGGGAGUACCCAAAACAGGGGGGAGGUGAUUUUCUUAAGGAGGACAUGAACAGCAGAAGCAGCUUUUCCCAUGUGUCCAAGCCUUCAAAUCACAUGAACGGAGACGAGAUCCCCCCGCAGAAAAAGGACGACUUGGCGAACCACGUGGCUGGCCCGCAGGCGGCCUUCUUUGAUGACCCCCCAAGUGGGGCCGCCGCCCCGCCAAAGAAGGACUCCCUCCAGAAUUUCGCUCCACCCCCCCUCUCGUACAUGCCACCAACUCACCAAGUACUGGAAAGCGCGUCCAGCCGCAACCAGAAGUACCUAACACAGAGGAAGGAGAGGCAAAAAAUCGUUGCAACGAAGUCUCCCUUUAAUUAA